CUCAUUCUUUUCUGAUUCAACAAACGGUGCGGACGCGUGGCGUGGUCUGUUUUGUAUGUAUUUAAUAAAAUAAAUAAAAAACAAAUUAAACGCUUUUGUUGAAAUACGGCGCGUACGACGUGUACGCCAGCAAAAAAUACACGCGAAAGUAAUUUAAAUACAACUUACGCACACCCCAGGCAGCAGUCGAGCCGGCGCUACGACAGCAACCCGUUUGUUUAUAAAAAAAAAAAAAAAUAUUAAAAAAAUUAAAAAAAAAAAAAAAAUUGUAAUUUUAAGUGUUUCAAAGAAUUUCCCCUGCCAGAGACUCCAACAGCGACGCCGACUGCGCAACGUUUAAGUUGACUUGUUUCUCAAGGUCUUUCGGAGACACAUAAAAGGAAGAGGAAGAGGCGAGCAACAAACUGGUUAUUGGUGGGGCUAUGAGCUGGCAGCGGGUGUCGAGGGGACUGGAGUGUACCGGAGAGGAUGCCACAAGGGGGGCAACUAGUUAAGCAACACCAACAACAAAAGCAGCAGCCGCUUGACUCUGCGUAGCAUGAGAAAGAGACAGAGGGAGAGAGAGAGAGAGAGUGCGACUGCUACACAAAUGUGCCAAAACAACAACAGCAGCAAUAGCAGCAACGAAAAAAUAAUAGCAAUUCAUAGGAAGAGCAGCGCGUGUUAACCAAAAGUCUGAUCAGAAAAGUUCUAUACUGUUUACAUUUACAACAACAUUCACAUAUCCUUAGUGUGUGUAUCCUAUGAGUGUGUAUCAAUAGUAGCCAAGCAUGACAGACAAAAGCAGAUUGCUGCAACCAGUUAACAUGAACGAGCAUUGAGUUGAGCUACGUCCGAAACAGACAAAAGCUGAUUGCUGCCAAACUGAACAACUGACAGUAAAGAAAUCAAAUUUGUCUUGCAAUUGAAAAUUUGUACAGUUAAUAAAGGUCAAACUUUGACAGUUUGACAAGCGCACAGCAUUCACACAUAUACAUAUAUAGAGUUAACAUGACGCUGCAAACAUUUACACGCAAAAUGCGCGGACGCAUGCGCUCAAACACCUGUCGCAUUGUCCUGCUCACCUCAUUGGUUUGGGUCAUAUUUGACUUUGUCCUCAUUGCCCGUUAUUCGGACUGCAUCGGUAAAGAUGGCUGGCGUUGCCGGCGAGCCGGCGAAUACGAUGUUGAGCUGCCCAACGCUGAGCGUUUGGCGGACGACAAUCAGCUCGUUAAUGACAAUGAAAUAAAUACCGAGAAGUCACUGGAUGGCGAGGAUAAUGGCGGUGGUCCGGCACCUAUAAUGGGUCAGGGCUUUGUCUCCGGUGGCAUUUCGAUGACCUAUCGCAGUGUUGUCUUAAAGAAAUGGUUCCAAGCACCCACAGUGCGAGAGUCUCGGGGUAAACCUGGUGAAAUGGGCAAACCCGUCAAAAUACCCGCCGAUAUGAAAGAUCUCAUGAAGGAGAAGUUCAAGGAGAAUCAGUUCAACCUAUUGGCCAGCGAUAUGAUCUCAUUGAAUCGCUCGCUAACAGAUGUGCGGCAUGAGAACUGCCGUCACAAGCACUAUCCUUCAAAGCUACCUACGACUUCAAUAGUUAUUGUCUUCCAUAAUGAGGCGUGGACCACCCUAUUGCGCACAGUUUGGAGCGUCAUCAAUCGCUCGCCGCGUUCUCUACUAAAGGAGAUCAUAUUGGUGGACGAUGCCAGUGAGCGAGACUUCCUUGGCAAACAGCUGGAGGAUUACGUGGCCAAGUUACCUGUGCGUACGUUUGUGCUGCGCACGGAGAAACGCUCGGGCCUGAUUCGCGCUCGCCUGCUCGGCGCUGAGCAUGUGACAGGUGAGGUGAUCACCUUCCUGGACGCUCAUUGCGAAUGCACUGAGGGCUGGCUGGAGCCUCUGCUCGCUCGCAUCGUGCAAAAUCGUCGCACCGUCGUCUGCCCCAUCAUUGAUGUCAUCUCGGAUGACACGUUUGAGUAUAUAACCGCAUCGGACUCGACGUGGGGCGGCUUCAACUGGAAGCUCAACUUCAGAUGGUAUCGUGUGCCGCAGCGUGAGAUGGCGAGACGGAAUAACGAUCGCACAGCUCCGUUGAGGACGCCGACUAUGGCUGGCGGAUUGUUCUCGAUCGACAAGGAAUACUUCUAUGAGAUUGGCUCCUACGACGAGGGCAUGGACAUCUGGGGCGGUGAAAAUUUGGAAAUGUCAUUCCGAAUAUGGCAAUGCGGUGGCAUUUUAGAAAUUAUACCCUGCUCGCAUGUGGGUCACGUGUUCCGUGACAAAUCGCCGUACACCUUCCCGGGAGGCGUGGCCAAAAUUGUGCUGCAUAAUGCGGCGCGGGUGGCCGAGGUAUGGCUGGACGAGUGGCGUGAUUUCUAUUAUGCAAUGAGCACAGGCGCUCGCAAAGCUUCAGCUGGAGAUGUUAGCGAUCGUAAAGCUUUGCGUGAACGUUUGCAAUGCAAAAGCUUCCGCUGGUAUCUGGAGAACGUCUAUCCAGAGAGCUUGAUGCCACUGGAUUACUACUAUCUGGGCGAGAUACGUAAUGCCGAGACUGAAACCUGCCUGGACACCAUGGGUCGCAAGUACAAUGAGAAGGUGGGCAGCAGCUAUUGCCACGGCCUCGGCGGCAAUCAGGUGUUUGCCUAUACCAAGCGGCAGCAGAUAAUGUCGGAUGAUCUGUGCCUGGAUGCGGCCAGCUCCAAUGGGCCAGUGAAUAUGGUGCGCUGCCACAAUAUGGGCGGCAAUCAGGAAUGGGUGUACGAUGCAGAGGAGAAGUGGAUCAGACACACGAACACGGGUCAGUGCUUGCAACGUGCCACGCGAGAUGAUGCAAGCACGCCGCUGCUGCGGCCCUGCAACUACUCCAAGGGACAGCAGUGGCUAAUGGAGUCCAAGUUCAAGUGGCAGGCGCACUAGCUAAUGGCUAAGCAGAUAACUACGAACUACAACUAAAAACUAAUAACUGAAGAACUUCCAAUUUGUGUUUAAAAUAUAUAUGUUAACUAAUUUGCCAGUAGAUGGAGGAGAAGAAGUAGGAGCAGGAGCAGGAGCAGGAGCAGCAGAACAUGCAGAAGGAGCAGAAGCAAGAAUUCCCAGCAUUGUGUGCGUGUUUUUAACUGAGUUUUCUGUAGCUCUAAGUUGAUAGUUAUUUCUGUUGUGUGUGUGUGAGUGCGUGUGUGCCGAAUGUCUUCCCAAUCAACGUGUAUGCGUGCGUCUGUUUGUGUACAUAUAUAUCUCUAUAUAAAGCAUAGAUUUUGUGGUAUAUAUAUAUGUAUACUUCUAUAUAUAUAUUGAACUAGCCCCGACCAAGUACCAAUAAAUUGGCAUUUAAAUGACAUUGUGCUUCACAAAAAAAUAUAAUAAUAAUAUAAUAAUGCAACUAAGAAAGCUGCAGUCGGGCAUGACCGACUGCUUAAUGCUCGUUCACGGAUCAGGAGCUUGCAUCAAGUUAACUGUAAAAUUUUGUCGGUCUUUGUAACCUAUAGUUUACUCUUCGCCUCUGAUGGGCGAAGUAUAUAUAUUUUUUAUUUUAGCUUGACUAUGCAUUCCGAAUUUCCAGCUUCUAACAGCUUUGACAAUAGCAUUUCAGUAAGGACACAUAAAGUAUUUCCCGUUUUUAUAUGCGUAUCUAGAAAUUCUUAACGGCUUAUAGGUAUUUCAAAGUCCCUAGCUUUGAUGAAAUCCAGGCGCCUAAAUCUAGUAUACCCUUUUCAUUUCGUGAACGAGUAUACAAAUAUUAAUUAUGUGUCAUAGCAGCAAAAUCGAUAUGAAGUUAAGCUAUAUGCAUAUAUAUAUAUAUAUAUAUAUAUCUGUAGCAUAUGGAAACCGAAGCAGCUCGCACAUUCCCUUAGGUAAUAAAAAUAUCAAGCGUUGUGUUUUAUAAAAUGAAUAUAUACAUAUACCCAUAUAUUUAAUGGUUAAGUUACAA